AUGGCUUUAGGGAGUUCUCGAAUUGCUAAAGAUGUUACCGAAUUGAUUGGGAACACUCCGUUGGUGUAUUUGAACAAUGUCGCUGAAGGAUGUGUUGGUCGUGUCGCUGCUAAGCUCGAGAUGAUGGAACCGUGCUCUAGCGUCAAAGACAGGAUUGGUUUUAGCAUGAUUUCUGAUGCAGAAUCAAAGGGUCUUAUAAAACCAGGAGAGAGUGUGUUGAUUGAGCCAACAAGUGGAAACACCGGAGUUGGGUUGGCAUUCACGGCGGCUGCCAAGGGCUACAAGCUUAUUAUUACGAUGCCAGCUUCGAUGAGUAUAGAGAGAAGAAUCAUUCUCUUAGCUUUUGGAGUUGAGUUGGUUUUAACUGAUCCUGCUAAGGGCAUGAAAGGAGCUAUCGCAAAGGCGGAAGAGAUUUUGGCGAAAACACCAAACGGUUACAUGCUCCAACAGUUUGAUAACCCUGCCAACCCAAAGAUCCACUAUGAGACUACUGGACCUGAGAUAUGGAAAGGCACUGGUGGAAAAAUCGAUGGUUUUGUUUCUGGGAUUGGUACUGGUGGUACCAUCUCAGGUGCAGGGAAGUAUCUUAAGGAACAGAACCCGAACGUAAAACUGUAUGGAGUUGAGCCAGUUGAAAGCGCUAUUCUAUCCGGUGGGAAGCCAGGCCCUCACAAAAUUCAAGGGAUAGGUGCUGGCUUUAUUCCAAGUGUAUUGGAUGUUGAUCUUAUAGAUGAAGUUGUUCAGGUUUCAAGUGAUGAAUCUAUCGACACGGCAAGGCUUCUUGCUCUUAAAGAAGGUCUUCUUGUGGGAAUAUCAUCUGGUGCAGCAGCUGCUGCAGCAAUCAAACUCGCAAAGAGGCCAGAAAAUGCCGGAAAGCUUUUCGUGGCCGUGUUCCCAAGUUUCGGGGAGAGGUAUCUAUCAACUGUUCUAUUCGAUGCGACAAGGAAAGAAGCGGAAUCCAUGACUUUCGAGUCUUGA